AUGACUGGGUUUCUCAUCAAUCAUGGAUAUAGAAAGGGUGGAAUUGAUAAAACCCUAUUUCUCAAAGAAAAUGAUGGAAAACUUAUGAUAGCUCAGAUCUAUGUGGAUGACAUUGUGUUUGGAGGGAUAUCAGAUGAGAUGGUCCAACAUUUUGUCAAACAAAUGCAAUCUGAGUUUGAAAUGAGUUUGGUAGGAGAACUAACAUACUUCUUUGGCCUCCAAGUCAAACAGAUGGAAGACUCCAUCUUUCUAUGUCAAAUCAAAUAUUCUAGGAGUAUUAUGAAGAAAUUUGGAUUGGAGAAUGUUAGUCACAAAAUAACUCUUGUACCUACCCACUUGAAGUUAUCUAAAGAUGAAAAAGACUUAAGUGUUGACCAAAGCUUAUAUAGAAGUAUGAUUGGCAACCUUUUAUACAUGACAACAAGCAUACCAGAUAUAAAUUUUGUUGUUGGUGUGUGUGCUAGAUAUCAAGUUGAACCCAAAGUAAGUCACAUCAAUCAAGUAAAUAGGAUUCUAAAGUAUGUGAAUGGCACAAGUGAGUAUGGAAUGUUGUGUUCUCAUGAUUCAAACUCUAUGUUAGUUGGAUAUUGUGAUGCUGGUUGGGAUGGUAGUGUUGAUGAUAGGAAAAGUACCUUUAGUGGAUGUUUCUUCUUGGGAAACAAUUUGAUCUCAUGGUUCAAAAAGAAAUAA